GAAGUGAUAUGAGAGUGUUGAAACUUGACCCUGAUGAGAGAGACAGUGGACAGACUGUACUGUGACUGUAACACACUUCAGGCCCUGUUUGUCACCACUAACUCACUAGUUAAUGGCUGUGUGGUGAUGUGGACUCGAUGCCGCUGUCGUCCCGCCGUGCCUUCGUGAGUCCUGACGGGUUGAGACCCUCCACCUCCACCGUCACCAUGGUGACUUCAUCGUCAGCCCGCUGCACAUCUGUCAGACUCCCCGCUGUGACCACCGUCCUGCUGCUGCUCCUGAUGUCGGUUACCACCGUGCAGUCAUCUCAAGGCGACAAGGAGCCGGUGUACCGAGACUGUGUGAAGCAGUGUGUCCGGACCAACUGCACCGGGGCUCGGCUACGGGGCUUCCAGUCCGCCCAGCCGCAGUACAUGACGCUGACAGGUUGGACAUGUCGCGAUGACUGUCGCUAUCAAUGCAUGUGGACCACAGUGGGGCUUUACCAGGCCGAGGGGUACAGGGUCCCACAGUUCCACGGCAAGUGGCCAUUUGCGCGCUUCCUGUGUUUUGAGGAGCCAGCGUCUGCCCUGGCCUCUCUGCUCAACGGCCUGGCUUGCCUUCUCAUGCUGCUGCGCUAUCGGAGUACGGUGCCGCGCCAGAGCCCCAUGUACCACACCAUCAACGCCUUCUCUCUGGUAUCUCUUAAUGCCUGGUUAUGGUCCACAGUGUUUCACACCCGGGACACCUAUCUAACCGAGAAAAUGGACUAUUUCUGUGCAACAGCGGUCAUUCUUUACUCAAUCUACCUAUGCUGUGUCAGAACAUUGGGUCUGAGGCGACCUGGAGUGUCCAGCAUGGUGGGAGUCCUGCUCAUCUUGGCCUUUACCUCGCAUGUGUCCUACUUGACCUUUGUCAGUUUCGACUAUGGCUACAACAUGGCUGCUAACGUCACCAUCGGCAUGGUGAACCUCCUGUGGUGGCUGUGUUGGUGCUGGCAGAACCGGCGGACCCUGCCGUACUGGUGGAAGUGCGGCCUGGUGGUGGUGAUGCUUCACGGCCUGGCCCUGCUGGAGCUGCUGGACUUCCCCCCAAUGCUCUGGGUCCUCGACGCUCACGCUGUUUGGCACCUCAGCACCAUACCGGUGCACUUCCUUUUCUACAGUUUCCUGAUAGACGACAGCCUCUACUUACUAAACACAGAGAAGAUGGGUGUCAAAGUCGAGUAGGAGGAGCUCAUCACCUCGUCACCACGCCUACUCCCUCGCACGUCUCCAAUCAGGGCAGCCGGCAACCCGAACACGGACGUAGCCCAGCCUCCCAGAUGACACGCAUGACACCACUAUGACUUCCAUCAAAGUAGACUUUGUUUACAUAUCUCUUGUUUUUUACAUUUUUAUUUUUUUUUUAUUAUUUAUUUGGGGGAUACUUUCUCUAUUUUUCUUUAGAUCACGAUUGUUGCUUGCUCUACUUAACUUUGCCUUGUACAGACAUGUGCUCCGAGACUCUUUUGCCAUUUAUCAUAACUGCUAAACAGGAUGAAGGAUUUGUGUUCUACCACAUGAAACUGUUCGACUCUCGGGUGCUUCUGAAGUUGUUCCCCUGAACCCGUGAUUUGACUCUCACCAGUUACCUGCAAGCUCUGCACAAAUGGCAGUUUGCUGUGGCUGACAAUAGAUGGCACCAAAUCCCCAGCCAGGCCGUCACAACCUCCAGUGUUUGGUACGGCAUGUGUCCAUCUGUGCCAAAAGAGGACUGGCGGACACAGAGAGUUGCCCCUUGUGAAGUGGGCUGCCAGUGGAUUGUUCUAGAGGGAGAGAGAGAGAGAGAGAGAGAGAGAUAGGGGGAAGGGGGUUUAUGUUUGGAGGCCAUUCUAGCUGACUGUGUUUUUUUUUCUUUUCUCACCAUCACACCUUUAUUUUUGUGCCUGCGUUGUUUCCACUGCUGCUUUUGUUUCUCAUACUCUUCAUUCACAUUUUCAUUUUUAUCAGCUGCCUUUGUUGUUUUAAUUUCUGUUGUCGCUGACCAAUUUGUGUGCUUUAUUCCUUUGAUUACUUGAUUUUGAAUUAGGGUGGGAAAUGCCUGAUGAUCAUACAAUGGUAAAUAUUAGUUUUUAUUCACCUGGAUUGCCUUUUAGUGUGAGGAGAAAAUGAUUGAGGUAGGAGAAGCUGCAACAGGAAGCUGGGGGCUUUAUAAUAAAUACAUUCUGGGGUUAGGUGGCAUGUGUGAAUGAGUGUUUAGGUGUUUGUUUAUUUGGAUUUGGUUGCAUUUCUUGCUGUAAUAUUCCCCAGAAUGGCGCACACACACAACCAGCUGCUGUCCAGAUAACCGCCCCAUCAUGUAAAAAUACUCCAUCUCCCUCCACGUCUGCCUUACAUACUGUAUAUCAGACCUGCUUGUCAAUGAGUUUCCUCUUUUUUUUAAUCUUUUCCUCUCAGAGUUAGCACCAAAAACUCUUGAAUUCAUACCAUGUAUGUCUUCAUCCCUCAGAGUUUUCCUUCCAUAUGUGCACUUUACGGGUGUGCGUACAUUUAACGUGCAUUUUUUGUUUGAAAUUCUGCCCAUGCCUUUUGUAUUUCUGUGUGAGAACAAUGACCAGUACAGUAUGUGUGUGUGUACACGUUGCCUUGACUCGACAUUGUGUUGUUUUUGCCAUCGUAAACUGAAUCACUGUGUGUGUGAGAGAGAGAAAGCUAGAUUGUGCUUGAUGCUUUUGUAAAACUACUGAUGUGUGAGCGUGUGUGUGUGUGUAUAUAUAUAUGUUGGAGGUUUGCUGCGUGAAUGUGUGUGAGACGAUGGGUAAAUUUAGCUUUGCUGACAGCCUGUGAUGGGGAUGGGGGUGGUUGGGAGGUCAGAAAGACGUGGAGAGGUUUGGGUGGCAAAAAGAUUCCUGAAAUCGUGGCAGAGAUACUGGCCUUAUGAGAUAAGAAACAUUAUAUAGUGCAUAUUCUAAUUGUUAUUGGCCAAAACUGUUCAUAUUCUCAGAUGUGGUAAUGUUUAUUAACAACUGACAUUCCUGAAAUUGUGUCUGGGGCCCAAUUAUGACAAUAUACAUACUUCUAAAAAGCUAAAACAAGUACAAAAUCUGAUUUCAAUUUAUCCCAAAAUUAUAUUAAAAACUGAAAGUACUCUAGUGUCUACUGAUAAGAAACCUGCUGAAUCAUCUCAUUGGUUCCUGUUUUAAUAAGAAUGAAUAUUUCCUGAGGAAUUAGCAUAAAACAAACUCCAGUUUUCUCUCUGUAUAUCAUUUCAUUACCACAUCCCUCCUCUUCACUCACUCAUCUGCUGCCCCCUGCCUGCUGCCCUGCGCACCGUCACCAUCACCUCUCCUACUCAGUGCACUUUCCUCCACCUCACAUCGAAUAUUUGACCAAAAAAAACCCGGAAAGAAAUGGAACAAAUAAAAGUGUUCUUUGUUGAUAAGGAA